UGCGCUUCAUGCGGUGAUCCUGUCGAACCCUAAGUCGUGGUAGGAAGAGACGGUCAGAUUAUAACUCCAUAGCGAGGAUAAGACACGGCGUUGGGGUUUCCAUUUCUCUUGCUUCGGAAGGAGAGUUGGGUUGGAAGCCCGCCGACAUCGAUGGCCGUCUCCUCCACCAUUUACCCGGCUUACUUCGUCUCCGCCGCCGCCGGAGACCGCCGUGCUUCCGACUCCGGUGCCCAUCCUCGCCCCGAGAAGCUGGGCUCCUCCUCCUUUCUCCUCGGCGGCGCACCUCGCUUCUCCGGCCUCUCUUCCGCUACGAUCCUGCGGUUCCCCCCUAACUUCGUGCGCCAGCUGAGCACCAAGGCGCGUCGGAACUGCAGCAACAUCGGUGUUGCGCAGAUCGUGGCGGCUUCGUGGUCGAACAGCUCGCAGUCUUUCGAGGCCCCACGGUCCGCGGUCUCCGCGGACGCCGUUGUGGCUCCCGAGGUCGCGGCGGAGGACGCCAACCUCGGUGCCGGUGGUGGGUCUGAGAGUAGGUUUGUAGAGUCGCCGGUGGGGGAAGCGAAGGUUUCCGCCGCCGUUGCAAAGGCUGCAGCGUCGCUAAGCUCCGACGGGAGUCUCGCGGUUCAUGCUGGUGAGAGAUUUGGGCGAGGCAUAACCACAGAUGCUAUUACCACCCCGGUUGUUAAUACCUCUGCUUACUGGUUUAACAACUCGGAUGAGCUGAUUGAUUUCAAGGAAAAGAGGCAUGCUAGUUUUGAGUAUGGUAGAUAUGGAAACCCUACUACACAGGCAUUGGAGGAGAAGAUGAGUGCCCUGGAAAGAGCUGAAUCCACAUUGUUUGUGUCAUCUGGCAUGUAUGCCAGUGUGGCUAUGCUGUCAUCUCUGGUUCCUGCUGGUGGGCAUAUUGUGAUCACUACCGACUGUUAUAGGAAGACAAGAAUCUUCAUCGAAAAUGAGCUUCCCAAAAUGGGAAUUUCGGUCACUGUCAUUGAUCCUGCUGACAUUGAGUCUCUAAAAAUUUCACUGGAUCAAAAUAAUGUAUCUCUUUUCUUUUCAGAAUCUCCAACUAAUCCAUUCCUCCGAUGUGUUGAUAUUGAGUUGGUUUCACAACUUUGCCACAACAAAGGUGUCCUGGUUUGCAUAGAUGGUACUUUUGCAUCACCUGUCAAUCAGAAGGCAUUAACUCUGGGAGCUGAUCUAGUUUUACAUUCUGCUACAAAGUUUAUUGGUGGUCACAAUGAUGUUCUUGGUGGUUGCAUCAGUGGUUCAGAGGAACUUAUCUCCAAAAUUAGCCUGCAUCAUCACGUUAUUGGUGGUGUUCUCAAUCCUAAUGCCGCAUAUAUGAUUCUUCGGGGCAUGAAGACGCUGCAUCUUCGUGUACAGAAUCAGAAUAGUACAGCACUAAGGAUGGCCCAAUUUUUAGAGGAACAUCCCAAGAUAAUUCGUGUCUAUUAUCCAGGCCUGCCAAGUCAUCCAGAGCAUCACAUUGCCAAGCGUCAAAUGACUGGUUUUGGUGGUGUUGUCAGUUUUGAGGUGGCUGGAGACUUGAACACCACGAAGAAAUUUGUUGAUUCUUUAAAGAUACCUUACAUUGCCCCUUCAUUUGGAGGCUGUGAGAGUAUAGUAGACCAACCUGCCAUCAUGUCUUACUGGGACCUUAGCGGAUCGGAAAGAGUAGCCAAAUAUGGUAUCAAGGACAAUCUGGUCAGGUUCAGUUUUGGGGUUGAGGGUUUUGAGGAUCUGAAGGCUGAUAUCCUUCAGGCCUUGGAAAAGAUCUAAUUCGCAUUAUUGUAUUGUGUUGUGAACCUGAUCAAGCCAUAUGUGUGCUUUGCUUACAUUAGUCCCCUAAAUACUAUUUGAGCUUGAGCUAGACUAGUCAUGAAGAUGAACAGCAAUUUGCUAUGUGUCUACUUCUAUUUUUCAUGCUUCGACAUAAUAUCUUGCUAAUGAAUUACUAGUAUGCAGUAUCA